CCCUCGCGUUUCCCGGCUCGACGGUUGAGAGCGCGGGCGGAUCGGCGGCCAGGGUCAGGGUCAGGGUCGGGGUCAGAGGUCCCAGAGGUCGAGGUCAGAGGUCGGAGGUCGCGGCAUGGCCUGCGCCGCCCUGGGGGGGCUGCUGCUGCUCGCAGUUCUGCCCCCAGCGACUGCUGACGCUGCCCCCCCCGAUGUCACCGACCCCUUCUACUACGACUGGCACCGCCUCCGCAUGGCCGGCCUGGUGGUGGCCGCCGUCCUCUGCGUCCUCGGCGUCAUCGUCCUCUUCAGCAGCAAGUGCAAGUGUGGCAGCAAGGGCAGCCGCCGCCGCCCCCCCCCGGAGACCUCCCACCUCGUCACCGCAGGAGCUGCCAGCGCCUGCUGAACGUCCCCUCCCCGGGGCCGCGGCGCCGCGAGGGGCCCAGGCGUCCGGGCGGCCCCGGUGACACGCGGUGGCACUUGUGUGUGGGGGGGGGGACACGAAUCCUCCCUCCCCUCCCCCACCGCCAAAUUUAUUAAGAAAAGGGGAAACGAUUUCUAAAAAAUGUUAAAAA